UUAACAUGAAACCGAAAGUUGUAGCAGACGUUAGUCGACAUUUUGAGAGUUCACAACGCAACUGCUUAUAAGAGACGCUCUUUGUGUCAUGUAACGUCAGCUUGCUCAUUUCGGAGUGCGCUGUAUUUCCUAUGGAAAAUAAUGACUGGUCCCGCAGGAAAUAUUCGUGUUGAUGACCAGAAAGUGAAACAAUUCAAAUGACAAAACAACUCGAGAGGGGGCCGUAAGGUCACAGUAGGACACUCUGACCAGAGUCUGCACUACACAACUGGGUAACCAGGCCAUGGAGAAGGACACGGAUAACUUAUUGAGCAAGAUCAACACAUCAACAAAGACCAGAGCAGGACCACCAACACACAGACCUCCAUCACCAGUGCCCAGCUGUGUGUCCAUGAAGAGUGAUAUGUCACUUCCUGAACCUCCUCACUUCAGCUGUGGACCGGUUCCAUCAGGACUAGAACCACAGACACACAGACCUCCAUCUCCAGUGCCCAGCUGUGUGUCCAUGAAGAGUGUUAUGUCACUUCCUGAACCUCCUCACUUCAGCUGUGGACCGGUUCCAUCAGGACUAGAACCACAGACAGACAGACCUCCAUCUCCAGUGCCCAGCUGUGUGUCCAUGAAGAGUGAUAUGUCACUUCCUGAACCUCCUCACUUCAGCUGUGGACCGGUUCCAUCAGGACUAGAACCACAGACACACAGACCUCGAUCACCAGUGCCCAGCUGUGUGUCCAUGAAGAGUGAUAUGUCACUUCCUGAACCUCCUCACUUCAGCAGUGGACCGGUUCCAUCAGGACUAGAACCACAGACACACAGACCUCCAUCACCAGUGCCCAGCUGUGUGUCCAUGAAGAGUGUUAUGUCACUUCCUGAACCUCCUCACUUCAGCAGUGGACCGGUUCCAUCAGGACUAGAUGAGCUGAGUGCUGAUCUGACCCAGGACCAGUCCACGUGUGGAGUGUGUGAGCAGGUCCUGAGGGACCCAGUCAUCACCACCUGUGGACACAGUUUCUGCAGGCAGUGCAUCAGCAACUACUGGGAGCAGCCUGGACUAUCAGGAGACCAAGCCUGUCCCCAGUGUGGAAAGACAUGCAGAACCCAACCUCCUCUACAGCUUCCUCUGGAUGAACACACAAAUAUGAACACACAGGAUGAACACACAGAUAUGAACACACAGGUUGAACACACAGGCUUGAUCAACGGCAGAAGACACCUGCACACUGAAAAUGCACCAGGCAGAAAGAGGGAACUAGAUGGGGAUCUGAAGAGAGUUAUUGAGAAUCAUAAAGCCAGUUUGAAGAGGAGGUUUGAGAAUAUAUCUGAAGGCAUCAGCAAAUCAGGAGCUGAGAUACUCCUCAAUAAGAUCUACACAGAGCUCUAUAUCACAGAGGGAGAGAGUAAAGGGGUGAAUAAGGAACAUGAGGUUUGGCAGGUAGAGUCCGCUUUCAGAUCACAAACCACAGUAGACAAACCAAUCAACUGCAAUGACAUCUUCAAGACCUUACCUGGACAGAAGAAACAAAUCAGAACUGUGAUGACCAAAGGUGUUGCUGGCAUUGGAAAAACAGUCUCAGUGCAAAAAUUCAUUCUUGAUUGGACAGAUGGUAUAGCCAAUCAGGAUAUAGAUUUUAUGUUUCCGCUUUCUUUCCGUGAGCUGAAUUUGGUCAGGGAUGAUCAGUACAGUCUUCACAGGCUCCUGAUUGAGUUACACCCUGAGCUCAAGGAGCUGAAUGACGGUAAAGAAUAUAAAGACUGUCAGGUCAUUUUCAUCUUUGAUGGUUUGGAUGAGAGUCGGUCAUCUUUUGAUUUCCAACAGAAAGGGAUGACUGAUUUGAACCAAACAUCAUUAGUUGAUCUUCUGAUGACAAGCCUCAUUCAAGGAACUCUGAUUCCCUCUGCACUCAUCUGGAUAACCUCACGACCAGCAGCAGCCAGUCAGAUUCCUCUUCAUUACAUUGACCAGGUAACAGAAGUACGAGGCUUCAAUGACCCACAGAAGGAGGAGUACUUCAGAAAGAGAAUCAGCGAUGAAGGUCAGGCCAACAGAGUUAUCACACACAUUAAGGCAUCCAGGAGUCUCUACAUUAUGUGCCACAUUCCAGUGUUCUGUUGGAUUGCAGCCACUGUGCUGCAGCAGAUGCUGGACAAGAACCAAGAUGUGCCCAAGACGCUGUCUGAGAUGUUCAUAAACUUCUUGCUCAUCCAGACUGCCAGAAAGAGUCAGAAGUAUGAAGGACGAUGUGAGGAAGAUAACAAGGUGAUCCUGGAAUCACAGAACAGUACCAUACUGAAACUAGCAGAAUUGGCUUACAAGAAUCUGCUUAAAGGGAAUCUCAUGUUUUAUGAAGAAGACCUGAACGAGUGUGGCAUUGAUGUCAGUGAAGCAUCAGUGUACUCUGGUAUAUGCACUGAGAUCUUCAAGGAAGAGACUGUGUUUCACCAGGAGAAGAUCUAUAGCUUUGUUCAUCUGAGCAUUCAGGAGUUUCUGGCCGCACUUCAUGUCUUUCUUUCUUUUAAGAGUAUGAAUGAAAAACUGAGUGCACCUGAAAUUUCUGUGAAGAAAGAACAGUUACCUCUAGAGGAGUUGCUGGAGAAAGCUGCAAAUAAAGCUUUGCAGAGCAAAAAUGGACACCUGGAUCUUUUCCUCCGUUUCCUCAUGGGUAUAUCAAUAGAGAGAAAUCAGAUACUGUUGCAAGGACUACUCAAACAUCCACUCAACAGCUCAGAGAGCAUCAGGAAAACAUGCAAGUACAUUAAGGAGCUAAACAGAGAAGAUCUCUCCCCUGAGAGAUGCAUCAACCUUUUCCACUGCUUGUUUGAAAUGGAUGACCAUUCUAUGCAUAAAGACAUCCAGGAGUACCUAAAAUCUCCCAAGGAUUUUAAAGGCCAUUUGUCUCCUGCUCAUUGUUCAGCACUGGCCCAAAUGCUACUGAUGUCUGAUGAGGUGAUGGAUGAGGUUUACUUGAAAGAGUACAACACAUCUGAUGAGGGGCGCAGGAGAUUGAUUCCAGCUGUGAAGUGUUGCAGAAAGGCACGACUUGCUGACUGUAAACUUAAUAAUACGUCCCUCGAGACCUUGGCCUUGGUUCUACAGUCAUCAAAUUUCCUGACAGAACUGGACCUCAGUAAAAAUGACCUGAAAGAUUCAGGACUUCAGCUUCUUUCUGCAGGAUUGUGCAGUCCUAAAUGCAAACUACAGGUUUUGAGGCUCUGUGAGUGUGGUAUCUCAAAUGAAGGUUACGUUUGUCUGGUUCUGGCUCUGAUGUUAAAUCCCUCCUGUGUGAAAGAACUGGAUGUGAGCAACAAUAAUCCUGGAGAAUCAGCACAGAAGCUGUUAUCGUCUACACUGGAGGAUCCUCAUCGUAAAGUUGAAACACUUCAACUUGCUGACUGUAAACUCAAUAAUACGUCCCUCGAGACCUUGGCCUUGGUUCUACAAUCGCCAAACUCUCUUAUAACGCUGGACCUGAGUAACAAUGACCUGAACGAUGCUGGAGUUCAACAGCUUUCUGCGGGAUUGUGCAGUCCGAAAUGCAAACUGCAGACUUUGAGACUUCCUGGUUGUAAUCUCAGUAAGGAGUCCUGUAGAAUUAUAGCCAGUCUUCUACAAUCACCAAACUCCCUCAUAACGCUGGACCUGAGUAACAAUCACCUAAAAGAUGCUGGAGUUGAACAUCUUUCUGCAGGAAUGCACAGUCUGAACUGCAAACUGCAGACUUUGAGACUUCCUGGUUGUAAUCUCAGUAAGGAGUCCUGUAGAAUUAUAGCCAGUCUUCUACAAUCACCAAACUCCCUCAUAACGCUGGACCUGAGUAACAAUGACCUGAACGAUGCUGGAGUUGAACAUCUUUCUGCAGGAAUGCACAGUCUGAACUGCAAACUGCAGACUUUGAGGCUCUGUGAGUGUGGUAUCUCAAAUGAAGGUUACGUUUGUCUGGUUCUGGCUCUGAUGUUAAAUCCCUCCUGUGUGAAAGAGCUGGGUGUGAGCAACAAUAAUCCUGGAGAAUCAGCACAGAAGCUGUUAUCGUCUACACUGGAGGAUCCUCAUCGUAAAGUUGAAACACUUCAACUUGCUGACUGUAAACUCAAUAAUACGUCCCUCGAGACCUUGGCCUUGGUUCUACAAUCGCCAAACUCUCUUAUAACGCUGGACCUGAGUAACAAUGACCUGAACGAUGCUGGAGUUCAACAGCUUUCUGCGGGAUUGUGCAGUCCGAAAUGCAAACUGCAGAUUUUGAGACUUCCUGGUUGUAAUCUCAGUAAGGAGUCCUGUAGAAUUAUAGCCAGUCUUCUACAAUCACCAAACUCCCUCAUAACGCUGGACCUGAGUAACAAUGACCUGAACGAUGCUGGAGUUGAACAUCUUUCUGCAGGAAUGCACAGUCUGAACUGCAAACUGCAGACUUUGAGGCUCUGUGAGUGUGGUAUCUCAAAUGAAGGUUACGUUUGUCUGGUUCUGGCUCUGAUGUUAAAUCCCUCCUGUGUGAAAGAGCUGGGUGUGAGCAACAAUAAUCCUGGAGAAUCAGCACAGAAGCUGUUAUCGUCUACACUGGAGGAUCCUCAUCGUAAAGUUGAAACACUUCAACUUGCUGACUGUAAACUCAAUAAUACGUCCCUCGAGACCUUGGCCUUGGUUCUACAAUCGCCAAACUCUCUUAUAACGCUGGACCUGAGUAACAAUGACCUGAACGAUGCUGGAGUUCAACAGCUUUCUGCGGGAUUGUGCAGUCCGAAAUGCAAACUGCAGAUUUUGAGACUUCCUGGUUGUAAUCUCAGUAAGGAGUCCUGUAGAAUUAUAGCCAGUCUUCUACAAUCACCAAACUCCCUCAUAACGCUGGACCUGAGUAACAAUGACCUGAACGAUGCUGGAGUUCAACAGCUUUCUGCAGGAAUGCACAGUCUGAACUGCAAACUGCAGACUUUGAGACUCGCUGGAUGUAAACUCCAUUCUGGUUCCUGUGAGAGUCUGGCCAGAUUUCUAGAGUCACCAAACUCCCUGGUCGAGCUGGACCUGAGUGACAAUGACUUUGGAGAUUAUGGAGUUGAUCAUCUCUCUGAGGGUCUGUGUAGUCCCAACUGCAAACUGCAGAUUCUGAGACUCGCUGGAUGUGAACUCAGUUCUGGUUCCUGUGUGAAUCUGGCCAGAGUUCUAGAGUCACCAAACUCCCUGAUAGAGCUGGACCUGAGUAACAAUAAACUAUGUCAAUGUUAUUAUUAUGACGUUGAAGAUGAAGGAGUUGAUCUUCUCUCUAAGGGUCUGCGUAGUCCCAACUGCAAACUGCAGAUUCUGAGGCUCAGUAAGUGUGGUAUCUCAGAUGGAGGGUAUGUUUGUCUGGCUCUGGCCCUGAUGUUAAACCCCUCCUGUGUGAAAGAGCUGGAUGUGAGCAACAACAAUCCUGGAGAAUCAGCACAGAAGCUGUUAUCUGCUACACUGGAGGAUCCUCAUCGUAAAGUUGAAACACUUCAACUCGCUGGAUGUACCCUCAGUUCUGGUUCCUGUAAGAUUCUGGCCUCAUUUCUCCAGUCACCAAACUCCCUCAUAGAGCUGGACCUGAGUAACAGUGACUUUGGACAUGAUCAAGUCGAUCUUCUCUCUGAGGGUCUGCGUAGUACCAACUGCAAACUGCAGAUUCUGAGACUCACUGGAUGUAAACUCAGUUUUGGUUCCUGUGAGAGUCUGGCCAGAGUUCUAGAGUCACCAAACUUCCUGAUAGAGCUGGACAUGAGUGACAGUAAACUAAGUCAAUAUGGUUAUGGUUAUUAUGAUGAGGGCUAUGGAAACAAUGGAGUCUGCUGUCUCUCCAAGGGUCUGCGUAGUCCCAACUGCAAACUGCAGAUUCUGAGGCUCAGUAAGUGUGGUAUCUCAGAUGGAGGGUAUGUUUGUCUGGCUCUGGCCCUGAUGUUAAACCCCUCCUGUGUGAAAGAGCUGGAUGUGAGCAACAAUAAUCCUGGAGAAUCAGCACAGAAGCUGUUAUCUACCACACUGGAGGAUCCUCAUCGUAAAGUUGAAACACUUCAACUCGCUGGAUGUAAACUCUGUUCUGGUUCCUGUGAGAGUCUGGCCAGAUUUCUAGAGUCACCAAACUCCCUCGUCGAGCUGGACCUGAGUGACAAUUACUUUGGAGAUGAAGGAGUUGAUCUUCUCUUUGAGGGUCUGCGUAGCCCCAACUGCAAGCUGCAGAUUCUGAGGCUCAGUAAGUGUGGUAUCUCAGAUGGAGGGUAUGUUUGUCUGGCUCUGGCCCUGAUGUUAAACCCCUCCUGUGUGAAAGAGCUGGAUGUGAGCAACAAUAAUCCUGGAGAAUCAGCACAGAAGCUGUUAUCUACCACACUGGAGGAUCCUCAUCGUAAAGUUGAAACACUUCAACUCGCUGGAUGUAAAUUCUGUUCUGGUUCCUGUGAGAGUCUGGCCAGAUUUCUAGAGUCACCAAACUCCCUCGUCGAGCUGGACCUGAGUGACAAUUACUUUGGAGAUGAAGGAGUUGAUCUUCUCUUUGAGGGUCUGCGUAGCCCCAACUGCAAGCUGCAGAUUCUGAGACUCGCUGGAUGUGAUCUCCUUUCUGGUUCCUGUGAGAGUCUUGCCAGAGUUCUAGAGUCCCCAAACUCCCUGGUCGAGCUGGACCUGAGUGACAAUUACUUUGGAGAUGAAGGAGUUGAUCUUCUCUUUGAGGGUCUGCGUAGCCCCAACUGCAAGCUGCAGAUUCUGAGCCUGCGUGAUUGCGAAAUCUCAGAGAAGAGUUGUAGAUAUCUGGCUUCGGCGCUGACAUCAAAUCCCUCCCACCUAAAACAGCUGGAUCUGAGCGAAAACAGUCUUAGAAAAUCUGUGCUAAAUCGGUUUUCUGCUACACUGAAGGAUCCUCUCUGUGCACUGGAGAUACUCAUAUGACGGCAUUGUAAAACGAGUCGGACCAUUCAGCUUUUGGUGAAGUCUCUCCUGUCUGAAAGAACAUCAGAACAGUUGAGUGCUAUUGUCAACAGGCUCCCAUUAACUAGUUCACCUUGUGUGUUAGUGUUUGUGUAGUGGUUUGUUAUAUUUUGUAACGUUGUUCUCACAUAUGUACGGUAUCACUGAAAGAGACCAAAGACAAACUGAAAUACAGACUUUUCUGACCUGUCAGAAGUUUGUGUGAAGAUGCUUUUUGAUUGAAUAAAUAGUGUUUCACUUAAAUUAGAGAAGCAUCAUCUUAGUGGAAACCUGUACUUGUACUUUUUUUUACUUUUGACUCUUUAUUCUUUAUCUAUCUACAUUUGUCAGACUUACUUUUGUUUAUGAGAUUUUGUGACUUUAUUCGGACACCAACAAUUUUAUACAAAAACUCUACACACCACACACAUACACACUGUUGAUAGAUAGAUAGAUAGA